AAUUAUUAUAAGGCAUUAGCAUUUUGGCCGUGUCCUUAGACGUUGUUUCCCUCGAUUACCUGUUUGUGGAGGCUAAUGAAAAUCAUGAGCAUGAAGAAGGGUUAUUGUUUGAUUAUGACCACCUUUAUGUUGUUCCUUGUUGCAAGGUCUCAACUAACUACGGACUUUUACAAGACAACAUGUCCAAAUCUUCUUGGCGUUGUGCGGAAACAAAUGAUAAAUGCUAUCAAGACUGAAAUGCGAAUGGCUGCCUCUUUGCUUCGGCUUCACUUCCACGAUUGCUUUGUAAACGGUUGUGAUGCGUCGAUACUGUUGGAUGGAACGGAUAGUGAGAAGUCUGCCCCUCCUAACCAAAACUCAGUCAGAGGAUAUGAAGUUGUGGACCAGAUCAAAAGCUCCGUGGAGAGCUCAUGCAGUGGCGUUGUAUCUUGUGCUGAUAUACUCGCCAUAGCUGCCCGAGAUGCUGUGCUCUUAAGUGGAGGGCCGUCAUGGAAGGUUUUGUUGGGCAGAAGAGAUGCACUGUUGCCCGCAACGCAAUCCACAGUAAAUGGUGCACUUCCUGCUCCAACAGAGGCACUGGACUCUAUCAUUUCCAAGUUUGACGCUGUUGGCCUCAAUCUCACAGAUGUCGUCUCCUUAUCUGGAGGUCAUACCAUUGGACUGGCCAGAUGUGCCACCUUCAGCAAUAGGUUGUUCGACUCGAACGGGACGGCCGCUGCAGACAGUACAAUGGAUGCAAGCAUGGCGUCUGAUUUGCAAAGCUUUUGUCCGGUGAAUGGGGAUGGAAACAGGACGACAGCCAUAGACCGAAACUCAACUGAUUUGUUCGACAGCCAUUACUUUCAAAACUUGCUCAACGGAAAAGGACUUUUUAGUUCCGACCAAAUUCUAGUCUCCGGUGAUGUCGCCGCCGUCACAACAACCAAAAGUUUGGUCCAAAGUUACAGCAAUAACUUUCCUCUUUUCUCUGCCGAUUUUGCUAAUUCCAUGAUCAAGAUGGGCAACAUCAGUCCUCUCACUGGUUCCAGUGGAGAGAUUCGGAAGAGCUGCAGAUCAGUGAAUUCAUCAUAAAUUGAAAAUUGUGCUGAAAUAAUUAGCAAAAAAUACGUGAUGUGGAAAAAUAAAUUAAGGAUAUCAUGUACGUACCAAAAAAUGCUACUUAUAAAGUGCAACAUGUUAUUUAGUCUUAA